AUGCGCGAAUGUAUCAGUCUACAUGUUGGUCAAGCCGGAACUCAGAUGGGCGAUUCCUGUUGGGAGCUCUAUUGCCUUGAACAUGGAAUACAACCUGAUGGCAAGGUCCCUAUCGACUCAACUAUUAAAAACGAUAACGAUUCUUUCAGUACGUUCUUCAGCGAAACUAGCUACGGUCGUUACGUCCCACGUGCUGUCUUCGUAGACUUGGAACCUUCAGUUAUUGACAGACUGCGGACGGGCUCUUAUAAACAGUUGUUCCAUCCAGAACAAAUGAUAAGCGGGAAGGAAGAUGCUGCUAAUAAUUAUGCCCGUGGUCACUACACAGUUGGUAAAGAGUUGGUCGAUGAGGUUCUAGAUCGUAUUCGGAAAUUAUCUGAAAGGUGCACAGGACUCCAAGGUUUCUUAGUGUUCCAUUCAUUUGGUGGAGGGACGGGAUCUGGUUUUACAUCUCUAUUAAUGGAACGUCUUUCCGUUGAUUUCGGUAAAAAAGCCAAGUUGGAGUUUGCUGUAUAUCCAGCCCCUCAUAUCUCAACAGCUGUUGUUGAACCUUACAACUCUAUUCUUACUACACAUACAACGCUAGAACAUUCAGAUUGUGCCUUUAUGGUUGAUAAUGAAGCUAUAUAUGAGAUAUGUCGACGAAAUUUGACUAUUGAUCGACCAACAUACAGCAAUCUUAACCGAUUAAUUGGACAAAUUGUUAGCUCUAUUACUGCUUCUCUUCGAUUUAGUGGUGCUUUAAACGUGGAUUUAAACGAGUUUCAAACCAAUUUGGUUCCUUAUCCCCGUAUCCACUUCCCAUUAACAACAUAUGCACCUAUUAUAUCAGCAGAAAAGGCAUUCCAUGAACAACUGAGCGUUUCCGAAAUUACCAAUUCAUGUUUUGAACCUGUCAAUCAAAUGGUCAAGUGUGACCCAAGAAAUGGAAAAUAUAUGGCUUGUUGCUUGUUAUACCGAGGUGACGUUGUUCCGAAAGACGUAAACGCAGCAAUCGCAAAUAUCAAAACUAGAAGAUCAAUUCAGUUUGUUGAUUGGUGUCCCACCGGUUUUAAAGUUGGAAUUAACUAUCAACCACCCACCGUUGUUCCUGGAGGAGAUUUGGCCAAGGUACAGCGCGCAGUUUGCAUGCUUAGUAAUACUACUGCGAUUUCAGAGGCAUGGGCUCGUUUGAACCGCAAGUUUGAUCUCAUGUACGCGAAACGCGCAUUCGUUCAUUGGUAUGUUGGUGAAGGUAUGGAAGAAGGCGAGUUUUCAGAAGCUCGCGAAGACCUGGCUGCUCUAGAAAGAGAUUACGAAGAAGUUGCUGCAGAUACUGUAGAUGCGCACUCCGAUGAUGGCGGAUUUUAAUGUUACUUGACUACUACUUAAAAUAUAUUUUUUUACUUGCCAGUAAAUUGCAUAUUUUCUCUUCCUAGACCUAGUGUUGGGAGCUGCAAUAGUAGUGGUAGUGAACGAGUAUUUUUUCAUCUGAGUAUCGGACGUUAGAGUUGCGGUUUUCAUUUAUUCCGUCGUUUGGAGGGUUGAGUGUUCUGUAUGGUUGGCUGGUGGUUUAGGUCGGAACGUACUAGUGUUUCAGAUGUAGCAAUCUAACGUGGCAUUGGGUUGAUUAUCUAAGGCACUUCAUGAUAAUGAGGGUGGUAUAUUUUGCGUGAGUUUAGGGUUAUUAUAAGAUUCUGUGUUAGUAUUUAUUUCCACCUGUGACGUUUCAUGCGUCCUAAACCUCGUCCUAUGGGCUCUCU